AUGCUUGUUGCUGUAUUCCUCUUUUAUCCGGAAACAAAAAAUAAACGUUUAGAAGACAUCGACGAAGUAUUCAAUACUUCAUCGGUUAUCGUCGCUUUUAGAAAAUCAAGAGGCGGAAAAAUUAAACCAGAUCCAAAGCCGGACGUACUUGAUGGAAAUGAUGUAGAAUUAGCUGAUGGUCGGGGACGAACACCAUCACAACAUUCUAAAUAUACUAAUGGAACUGCCUUUGGCAGUUUACCACCCACCUACAGUAGUGAAGAUGGCGAGCCGCGAACAUCACCAGACUUGCCGCGUAUAUCUAUUGCCGGUAGUCACAGUCAAAGAGUAUCGUAUGAAAGACCAAGAUUGUCGGCCGAUGUUCUAAGAGCAUCAUCGACUGUAUCACCAAAUUCGGUGGGCAUCACACACAAAUCACUCGCAGAUGAAGCAGACGAUAGUGCGAAAUUUUAG